UUUUACGUUAACGAUACCGUAGUACAAUUUUUUCAUUCACUUCCGUGUUUGUUUACAUCUUGGAAUAGGAAUAUAUUUCGUGUAUUCCUUCUAUCUAUCGAGCAAUUAAAACUGUAAACAUUAUGACGACACCUGCUAGACCUGCACCUCCAAGACCCCAGCCCAAGCCAGGUCAAGUGAAGGUUUUCAGAUCACUCUAUGCCUACACAGCCCAGCAAAGUGAUGAAUUGACAUUUGAUGAAGGUGACCUACUCUAUGUGACUGAAAUGACAAAUGAUGGUUGGUGGAAAGGAAGAUGUGGAAACAAAUCUGGUCUUAUUCCUGGAAACUAUGUUGAAGAAAGCAUGGAGUCUGUAGAUUACCCCCUCCACGAAGCAGCCAAACGAGGCAAUCUAGCCUUCCUUCAAGAAUGCAUCGCAAAUAAGGUAUCGGUUAAUAGUCUUGAUAAGGCUGGAGCUACACCUCUGUACUGGGCAGCGCAUGGUGGUCACAUAGAUUGCAUGAGGGCAUUACUAGCAAUACCAAACUGUCAAAUCAACGCACAGAAUAAGAUUGGUGAUACAGCAUUACAUGCAGCAGCGUGGAAAGGUCAUAAGGAAGCAGUACAAAUACUCUUGGAAAAUGAUGCCCGAACAGACUUGCCAAAUAAAGAUGGUAAAAUUCCUCAACAACUAUCCUCAAAAGAUCCAGCUACAGCAGCACUUCUAAUACCCCAGAGGACUUCUUUUAUUGGAUAUGAUGACGAUGAUGAAUAUCUUGAUGAUGAUUCAGACUGAUACCACAGGAGUCUUGAAAGCAAUUUCUUGUGUGAUGUAAAUAUUUAUUUUUUUGUACAAAAAAAAACAACAGCAAACAAUGAAAACAGGUUCAUAUAGGGUAUAUACAUAUAUAAUAUAUAGGAUUUUAUAUGAAUUAUUGUUUUACAAUCGUGAUUCAGGUAGUGAAAUAUAUAAGGAAUGAAGUGGGCAACUUAAAUGGAUUGGACUGUUUUCACCAAGGUUACAACCAUCUUAAUCUAGAUCUGCAAUUAUUAUUUAAUUAUAUUACGUUUAUCAUCAUUAUUAGACAAAAUAUGAGAUUAAACACUGAUCAUGUGACUUGUAUAAAGUAUUUGAAGACUAUUUGCUGUUUUUAAAAGAGCACAACUUAUAAAUCACCCUCCGAGACUUGACAGGAUAUUCGAUAGUGCCUGUUUAAAAAGAGAAGUGUCACUGAAUUUCUGUAGAUUACCAUUUAAAAGUGAUUGCCUCUUUGACCUUGAAAAAUACCUGAUUGUACCGAACAAUUAAUAUUCUUUCCAAUUAUCCAUUACAAAUUCAUAAUGUACACACAUUUUUCAUGGACCACUGACAAAACCUUUUUUCAAUAAAAAUUCACUUACCUUGGAUUGCAAAGGGGACAGGUCAAGAAAAAAAACUCUUAUUGCAAUGCUAUUUUCAGUCUGAAAAUGUUUCAUGAUCUCUUUUCCAUUCUCAUAGGUUACAAUAUCAACUCAUUCCUAGGAAAACUUCUAAAGUGCUUUUUGUAACCCUGUCACAUCUUCAGGGUGAUUGAAAAUAGGAUAAUAUUUUACAUUCAAUUUUUUCAUUUGAAAGUCAGAUCUGUUGAUUUGUGCUUUUCCACUGUUUGCACCAUUUUGUCAUACUCCGAAAAGUUCCUUGAAUGAUACUAGCACUAAAACCUUUUUUGGUAUAAACUUGAUAAAUGAUUCUCUAUUUUGCAUUUAUUAAUUAUUUGAGGUUUAGUGUUAUAUCUACUAAGAUUUCUCAUGCUGUCUUAGGAAAAUCGACACUUUUCACACAUGCAUGGGAAAUGAUAUAUUUCACCUGGUAGGGAAUUGAGCAGAGAUGGAGAGAGAGCGAAAGAAAGGUGAGAGGGAGGAAUAACAAGUGAUAAAAAGAAAUACGUAGUAAUAGGGCUUGAAAUCAAUUUACAUUUCCAUGUGCAUUGAAACAAGGUCAUGUGACAGCCAAGAUAACAUGGAUAACAUUAAGCAAUGAUUCAACGAAGCAGGAUUAAAACCUUUUAAAUAAUUCAGGAAAUAUUUGCGCUUGCAUGUACAUGAUUGACCUGAUCCACAUUUGAUGCAUGAACUCAAUUUUGUGCAA